CCGCGGAGCCGCCCACCGAGGACAAUCGAUUCCGGGCUGGGGUCCUAGGGUGGGGGGAGUGAACAAUGUUGGACUUCGCCAUCUUCGCCGUCACUUUUCUGCUGGUCCUGGUGGGAGCCGUACUCUAUCUCUACCCGGCUUCUAGACAAGCUUCAGGUAUCCCUGGGAUUACUCCAACUGAAGAAAAAGAUGGAAAUCUUCCCGAUAUUGUAAAUAGUGGAAGUUUACAUGAAUUCCUGGUAAAUCUGCAUGAGAGAUAUGGGCCAGUAGUGUCUUUCUGGUUUGGCAGACGCCUGGUGGUUAGUUUGGGCACUAUGGAUGCACUGAGACAACAUAUCAAUCCCAAUAGGACAUCACAUCCUUUUGAAACUAUGCUAAAGUCUUUAUUAAGGUAUCAAUCUGGUCUUGAUGGAGAUGCAGUUGAGAAUCACAUUAGGAAAAAACUCUAUGAAAAUGGUGUGAACAAGUCUCUACAGAGUAAUUUUGCUUUCAUGGUCAAGCUUUCAGAAGAAUUAUUAGGAAAAUGGCUCUCUUACCCAGAAUCUCAGCAUGUGCCUCUUUGCCAACACAUGCUUGGCUAUGCCAUGAAGGCUGUUACACAAAUAGCCAUGGGCAAUAGCUUUGAAGAUGACCAGAAAGUCAUUCACUUUCAGAAGAAUCACAACACAGUGUGGUCUGAGAUUGGGAAGGGUUUCCUAGAUGGCUCACUUGACAAAAGUACAACCCGGAAAAAGCAGUAUGAAGAAGCACUUAUGGAAAUAGAAACAGUUUUUAAAAAAGUCAUAAAAGAACGAAGAGGAAGAAACUUCAGUCAACAUAUCUUUAUAGACUCCUUAUUACAAGGAAACCUGAAUGAGAAGCAGAUCCUAGAAGACAGCAUGAUAUUUUCUCUAGCAGGAUGUGUUAUAACUGCUAAUUUAUGCAUGUGGGCAGUCUAUUUUCUUACCACAUCAGAAGAUGUCCAGAAGAAAUUGCACAAAGAACUAGAUCAAGUUCUUGGGAAAGGUCCAAUUACUCAAGAGAAAAUUGAUCAGCUCAGAUAUUGCCGGCAAGUGCUUUGUGAGACAGUUCGAACAGCUAAAUUAACACCAAUUGCUGCCAAGCUUCAGGACCUAGAGGGAAAAGUUGACCAACAUAUCAUUCCUAGAGAGACCCUGGUUCUUUACGCUCUUGGUGUGGUUCUUCAGGAUCAUUGUGCCUGGCCAUCACCAUACAAGUUUGAUCCAGACCGGUUCAAUGAUGAAUCUGCUAUGAAAAAUCUUUCCUUGCUUGGAUUUUCAGGCACACAAGAGUGCCCUGAGUUGAGAUUUGCCUAUAUGGUGGCCACGGUACUAUUAAGUGUGCUGGUGAGAAAACUGUACUUACAUCCUCUGGAAGGACAAGUUAUUGAGACAAAAUAUGAGCUGGUAACAUCAUCAAAGGAAGAAGCAUGGAUCACUGUUUCUAAAAGAAACUAAAAAUGAAUGUCAAGUUUCAGGAAAGGAAAUGCUUCAGCUCUUCAACAAGGAAAAUUUAUUUGUUUCCCUGAGAAAUGUUAUCCUAAAUCUAUCAUAGGGUUUGGUGUGUUCAGAUCUACUAUUUUCUACAUUCUAAACAUUAUCUUCUUUUUCAUAUUAACAUUCUUUUACUAAAGUGAAUUUAAUACAGAUAUUUCUUAUUUGAAUUACAUUGACUCCAGGACAUGUGAUCUAGAAGUGAAUGCUUUUUGUGCAAGACCAUUUCUAAACAUUGCCUUGUUAGAAUAGACCAGCCAUGAGCAGUGUAUAUUAUGGGUGACUGGCAGCAAGUGCCACUGUCUUAGACAGUAAAAGCUAGUAACUAUAAUUUUCAUUGUUUAAUUUUAAAUUAUCCAUUGUCUUCUAGCUUUUACAUAAAACAUUUACAUUAAAUGGCUCCUAGUUGGAAGGAAUUUUAAUUCUCAGUUGUAUCAUACAUACAUUUUAAAUGAGCAAGGAGAACUAUUUAGAGAAAUCUUGUGGCAAAUCAUUUUAUAAACAAACCUUUUGUAAUAUGAAUUUUACUUAAUCUGUUUUGUAAUUUAGGUUUUUGUAUAAUGUAUUAGAUUUUUUUAAAAGCAGUACAUAUUUGUAACUAUAUUGUACCAAUAUACUGCUCACUUUAAAUGGAUAGCUUAGCUUUAUAUUUUUGAAUCAAUGUUUUCCCAUAUCUCCUCUCUCUUUUCUUUUUUUUUGUGUAACUGAAAUUGUUAUUAUUGAGGGAAAAUUGUUUGGCAAAUUGGAGGAGGCCAAGAUUUGCUGACAUAUCUUGCUAAGAGUUACUUAUGUACUUGAAUACUCUACCUCUCAUUAUGUGUCCUACCUCUUAGCAUGAUACCUAGUUUGCUUUGACAAAUGUACUAUUUUAGUAUAAAAGAGUAGGAAAGAGAAAGGGAGAAUGUCUUCCUUUAAAAAAUGCUCUAGGAAUUCUCUAUAUCUUUCAUUCAAGAUGAAUGAAAGACUAGUUGAAAAAAUACACUCUUGCAUUAUCCCCUAAGAAUUGUCUCAGCAGUAGACAUUCCGUAAAUACUACUGACUAAUGUACUGCAGAUGCAAAGAAUUCUACAGUCCAAAACACUUCCCAAAGGAAAUACUCACUUGAUAGAUAUAUGAGAUAAUAGUCAUCUACCACACACUGGACAAGUAGAAUGCACACAUUAAGGGGACAGAUUUGAUGGAUGUGCGGCAACUCAGGGUCUUAUCACCAAUGUAAUGUUCUGCCAUACAUCUGCAGGUGUAAGGACAUGAGGUAAUUAAGAACACUAAAUAGAAACACUUGUACAUGGUUUACAACAGAGCAAAAGACACAAAAACUGAAUGCAGUGGUUCUCCACCUGGUUAGUUCUGAAGUGACUGUUUUCUUUAGCUAAAGAAUGCCACCUAAUCGUGGUCAUUGUUCAACUAGUGAAAUAGGACAGAUUAGAGAUAGGAUGAUAGAAUUUUUUUCAAAUUGAGUAUGAAUAUCACUUCUUAGAGAAGUUUUUAUUUUGACAUCCACUUAGUUGCUAAGUAUUAGCAUAAGUUUAAAUCUCAGGCCUCCAAGAGAAAUGCUGUAGUGAGGGUCUCAUUCAGACUGUCCCCACCCAAUGCCCUCAUGAUGUGCACUUGGCUUCUUCCAUUUCCUCACUGGAUUACUAAUCACUGCAGGGAGGGAUUAGGCCCUAGUUACCCUUAGGAAACUAAGGUAUUUUUCUUUUUUUCAUGUUGAAGUUUUGCCAAGCCAGAGUAGCAGUGAAGUGCCUUAUUCAUUUGGUAUUGAUGCUCCAGUUGAGUGCAGGAGAAAAACAUUCAAAUUUUGGUCUAACAUGGUAGUUCCAAUGGAUUCCACAGCCCCAAGGGCUAUGUGGUAUAUUCUUAUAAAUAACCUUAAGGAGAGGAAAAAAAGUACUUUAUAAUUUUUCUUAUUUUUUAUUACUAUUUUUUGACUUCUGGUUACAGUUGUGUUUAUGUUUCAGUCCACUGUGCUGUUAUCAGGUUUGUUAAAUUAAAAAUCUACCCCUGUAUUUGCCCUCCUGUUCAUUGAAGUUUAGUUAUAUCCCUAGACAUUCCAUAUUCAUUCCAGUUCUUAGAUGGCCUCAUCAUUUGGAAUGGCUCUGAAUCACUUAGGAAACAAUGCAACUGUUUUUUAAUGUAUUUUAAAUUAACCUGCUUAGGCAGGAGUAUUCUGAUCAGAAUUAGGAUGGAUCCUUAUUUUGUUUCUUAAUUUAUGGUAACUAGCACAAUCCUAUUACCAUGCUAGUCCUCAUUCAUGGGAGAAAUAUGAAAUCCUAAUUUAAUUACCCUUUGAUUUCUUAGCCUAACAAGUUGGUCCUACAUUUCAAAAAUUUUAAAUCUUUUCAGAGCAAUAAGCAUCACCCUUAAAUGAAUGUUUUGUGUUUUUUAUUGUGUAGAUUUAGGCAGUCUUGUAUUUUUUCUGGUUUAUUAUUUAAACAUUUUUCUGAAUAAUUUUUUUAACAUUUAGUAUUAUUUUGUGCAAGAGCAAUAAUACAUUGUACAAACCUAACUGGAGGGAAUGUGCCAAGUGCAGAUAGAGAAUAAAAAGAAGUCUAAUGAUAAAUCUUGCACACAGAUCCAUUUAACAUAAUUCUUUUGUUACUUUAGUUUCAAGGCUGCUACCUCAUUUGUUGAACUGAGUUAUUUUGUAUCUUUGUCUGUUUUUAAUUUUUCUAAUCCAUCUGGAGCUAAAGUUAGGGUUAACAAAGAAAGUCUUUAUUUAACUAGAUGCAGUUUUUAUUCUUAAUAGUUCAAUUUAGGAAAUAAUCCAAAUUCAAGAAUUCCUUUAAAAAAGUACUGCUUUUUAGUUAAUAGAUUCUUUUUAACACCAACAAUCCCUCCCCAGGUUUAGCCCUCUCCCCCAAAGUAUGUUGUUUAAGUUUUUUCCAGAUACUAUUUUUCUGUGUUUAAGAAAAGUUUAUAUUGUUUUCCAAGUGCCUAGAGUGUGUUGGAAGCGGAUGGAAUAGUGACUCUUGUUGGUUCAUUAAACCAAGCCACAACUGAGAGUCAGGUUCAUUGUUAGACAGGAAGAGUUCAUGAGAUAGUAGUCCUACAGAGCACUGUAAACCUGAAAGCACUAUAUAUAAAUGCCAGUUGUUAUAACUUGACCGUUUUCUUUCCACUUGACAGCCAAUCUUUUUGUGCAUAUGGCUUAUAAAUAUUGUUUUCCAAUUGUCAAGAAACAGAUUGGGAAGAGGGAGGGAAAGCCAAUACUGGGGCAAAAAGUCUAUAUGGAAAGGCACAUAAGCAGUCAUCUCAGAGAUGAUAGUCAUUAGGAGGAUGGGAUCUAGUGGACAGGGUCAGAAUGUCCAGUCUGGAAAGGCCCCUAUAGGGCUUUGAGUAGGAUUUCCUAAUUUUGAAUAUUAGGAAAUAGAUCUGGAGUGAUAAAGAGACUUUCUAAGGAUCAGAAUAGAGCAGUUGAGAUAGGCAAGACACAGCUGAUCUGGGGGAUGAAAUAGAGGCCAAUAAAUAGGGUAGGGCAGUGGUUGAUAAUAAAAAAGCUGCAAUAAGUUGGAGAUUAGGCAAUAGGAGAACCAGCCAAAACAAUUCAUUUAUAGGGUUAAAAUGUUUACUUUGGAAUAAAAUAAAAACUUUGUAACUUUCAUGUGCAAAUAUGUUAGAAAUUUUUUAAACAUGGAAUCUCAAAUUAGAAGGGGCUUCAGGGAUUAUUAGUCCAAGCAAUACCUAAACAGAAACCCCUACAGCAAGAUCUCUGACAAAUUUUCAGUCAGCUUUCAUGGAAGACAUAGCUGAUAAUUGCAUUUUGGGCAUCUCUAAUAUUAGAAAGCCUUUUUGUUAAGGUAAAAAUUUGUUCCCUCCUCCCUUCCCCAAAUUCUACCCAUUAUCCCUAGUUAUACUGUUUGAAGCCAAACGUAACAAUCCUAAAUUUUGUUCCUUAAAUACUUAACAACUCUUUUGCCCAUCCCACCCGUGUCCAUCCUAGUUGGAUAUAAGUUCAUCAAUGAUUUUCCUAAAAUGUGGAACCAUAAUACUUAUGAUGUAGUCUCACCAAAACAGAAUACUUGUUUAAAAUUAUUAGAAUUAUAGUAACAAACAUUUGUGUAGAGGUUUAAGAUUUGCAAAGUGCUUUAUAAAUAUUAUCUCAUUUUAUCCUCACAAAAAUCUUGUGAGGUUAGUGUUAUUAUCUUCAUUUCACUGAAUCAGGGGAAACUGUAGUUGAGGGAGGUGAUGUAAUUUGCCCAGGGUCACACAGCAAGUAAAUGUCUAUGGCUGGAUUCUAACUUAGGUCUUCCUAACUAAAAGACCAAGAUUCUUGUCUACUACACCAGAAGGCAUACAUACAGUUUAUAUAGACAUGCCAGAAUACAAAGCCAGGACAAACAUCUGGCCAGUCCUGGACACCAUGCCAGCAUUAAUACAGCCUAAGAUAGUUUUAUGGUUUUUAUCUGCUGACCCAUAUUAACUUCACAGCAUUCUAAAGCCUCCAUAUUGUUGUUCAUCAUUAUUUUAGUUCCCAUUUUUGUUAAAUAUUUUUUAAAAACUAUUAACAGCUUUUUUCUUUUGCCUAUCCCCCACCAAACCUUUCCUUAUAACAAAAACAAACAAGCAUGCAAAAAUGAGACCACUUGACAUAGAGAACAUUCCACACUUAUGUCCUCAACAUCCCCUGUCCCUCCAUCUCCCAAACAGUAAAGUAUGAAAUAAGUUUUCUUUUCUAUUUUCUGUAAUUAGAAUUAGUCCUUGCAUUUCAUCUGAGUUCAGCUACCUUUUAACUUAAUCAUUUAGUUUACUGUAGGCACAGGUUGGUGGUUCACCUUGUUCUUUUCUUAACUGCAUCAGUUCAUGCAAAUCUUUCAGGUUUCUUUACAUUUGUCAGUAUUCAUUGCUUUUUAUAUUUAUAUUUGCAUUCCUAUACUACAUUUAUUUUGCUAUGACCCAAUCAUUGGGGAGCUGCUUUUUGUUUCAAUUUUAUUUUAUUUUAGUUUUUGCCAUAAAAGGAUGAAUAGUUUGACAUAUAUUUCAGUAAUUUUUCUCCCAUAAUUCCAAAUCAUUUUCCACCAACAAUUUGUGUGCUUGUCUUCCCAUAGCUCUUCUAACAUCAAUUAUGGUAUUUCGGUUUUUUUUUAAUAAUCUUUAUCAAUUUACUGAUGUGAGAUAAAAUAUCAGAAAUGUUUUAAUUUGUUUUUCUUUUAUUGGUGGUUUAGAACAGUGUUGAUAAAUUUAUACAGAAAUGGAUCUCUACUGGCACCAUGUUACCUUAGAAACCUUCAAGUCAAUGUUAUGUUGCAUUUUAUUUUGUUUAUUUUAUUAAUAAAUAUUUCCCGAUUGCAUCUUAAUAUGUUUCAGGCAGCUCUUGGGAGUUUUGCAAGCAACUACCUAUAUGGACUGGGAGCUUGACAUCUCUGGGUUGGAACAUUCUUUCAUAUAUUAUUGAUAGAUUUCAUUCCUUGUUUUAAAAACUAUUUACAUCCUUUGACCACUUAUUUGUUAAAGAAUGGCUUUUUGUCUUACAUGUGUUUGUUAAUUCUUCAUAUAGCUUAAAUAUAAAAUUUUUGUCUGA